AUGUGUGAGACUUAUGAAGAGGAGCAGUCUGGUUCGAUACAAGGCAAAACCGAGGAGGAUCCAGCAGAGAUCUACAAAGUGCGACCUCCGAACAAGAAAAAAUACGAAGAAGACAUGGAAAAGAUACUUAGCCAAAUUAAAGAGAAAGAAGCAGAAAUGGAAAGACUGAAAUCACUGGGCAGCUUGAGUAUGACCAGUGAGCUACAGAGAAUAAAGGCUGAGAGAAGUGCAGCAAUUGCCAAGAGAAAGAAAAUAGACCAAGAGCUGGAGAAACUCAAGAAAAUUAUUCCAGAUAAGAUGAGACACUUGGUGCAGCUAGAAUCCUCAGUGAUCUACAAAAGUGAGGAUAAAAUUAACACAGCUGUUCAGCGAUUGGAAUGGAACCUGAAAGUACAACCCUUUAAACUGAUGGAGGAAAAGAAAAUUGUCUCCGAGAUUGACCGCCUGAAGAGAUCCAAGAAAACACUUGUACAGUACAUGGCUUUGAAGCAAGACAUUUCGGGCAUUCGUGACAUGCAGCGUCGCAUGAGAGAGGAAAGAGAUAUGUACUUCCAAGCUGUGGGUAAACUCAAUGCGGAAGAGGAGAGACUACGAAGGGAGAUGAUUUCUGCCAAAACAACACUGUCAGUGCUUAAAUUCCAGAUUGAUGAACUGCAUGAAAGCAAGCGGCAACUGGUGGCCAACCACAAGAAGCAGAUGGAAGAAUUCCAGGGAGCAAAGGAAAAACAGAGGAAGGGCAACUGGAAGAAGAGAGAAGACUACAAGAAGUCAGUCAUCACCGAAAGGAGGCAACAGUUAGUGGAUCUGGAGGUGGAGAAGACUCCUCAUUACAGAUACAUCAGCUGGUGUAACUCUCUGAUCAAGGUCUUGAGCUGCUACAACAAGCUGUCCACCCAGGAUCCCUCGCCGGAGUCUCUCUCGCCUGCCUCCAGCGUGGAGGAACCAGAACUGGCAGAUGAAAUUGGUGAUGGUCAAUAUGUGCUGCUGAAGAAACCUGACGACAGCUUGGAGAAUGCUGCUGGAACUAGACGUUCAAGCAAGAAGAAUCGACGCCUCAGAAAACAGUCAUCGAUGAAGAAGGUCACCCUUUCCCCAGACAUGGUGCAGCAGUUAACAGAACUGGGUCUAAAGGCACCAAACUCCAUGUCUGAAGUCGCUGAGGCUAUUGAAAGUCUCACACUUAAAAAGAUUCUUUUGGAGCAAGAGCAACAAGCCAGCGAGGUUGCUAGUGAUGCUGGCAUCUCGGCCACGGAAAGUCUUAUUUGUGAAAUGUCCCGACAGGUCAGCAAGACAGAAAGCUUUGAAGGAACUGUGGACACAAACCCAGGUGACCAGGUUUAUGCAGAAAUCCUCCAUGAUUGCUCAGAUGAGCAGGAGGAGCAACCAGAAGGCUGGGAGGUUGCGGGAGCUGUUGGCGGUUGUGAGGAGUUGCAGAUCCUCAGUCUCAACAGUGACUCCACUGUGGAAGGUGAUGCCGGUUCUGUUGAGAGUCAGUCAUCGGUUUAUGAUGAUUCGGAGAAUAUCAGGCAUUUCGUUGCCAAAUGUGAGAAGGUUUUGUCUGCAGAUGCAUCAGAAUCUGAGCAUAGACAGGACAAGCUAAAGACUUAUUGUGUGCCAUCUAAUCAGGGUCAGAUUUCAGGAAUAAAGUUGUCAUCAGAUGUUGCCUGUUCUCUUCCACCUAGUGAUAGAUCAAUGGAAAAUGUUGACUGUUCCAUAUCUCACAGUGAUGUAUCAGUGGAAAAUGUUGACUGUUCCAUAUCUCACAGUGAUGUAUCAGUGGAAAAUGUUGACUGUUCCAUAUCUCACAGUGAUGUAUCAGUGGAAAAUGUUGACUGUUCCAUAUCUCACAGUGAUGUAUCAGUGGAAAAUGUUGACUGUUCCUUACCUCACAGUGAUGUAUCAGUGGAAAAUGUUGACUGUUCCAUAUCUCACAGUGAUGUAUCAGUGGAAAAUGUUGACUGUUCCUUACCUCACAGUGAUGUAUCAGUGGAAAAUGUUGACUGUUCCAUAUCUCACAGUGAUGUAUCAGUGGAAAAUGUUGACUGUUCCUUACCUCACAGUGAUGGAUCAAUGGAGAAAAUUUAUUGUUCCAUUCCUAGCAGUGUUGGUUCAAUAGAAAAUCUUGGACUAUUCCAUGUCUCACAGGAGUGGAUCAGUGGACAAUUUUGA